CUCACCCGGCGUGAACGACGGCGGCUAAGCUACAUGGUGCUCGGAGUCGGCAGCUGCACUUGCAAUUUCCACAGAAGGACGCAUUAAUUCCUCUCAUCGUUGAGCCGGGCGGUACCACCAUGGCUCUCUAUGAAUAUGUCACUCAGGAGCAGCUUGCGGGCUUCGACAAAUACAAGUACAGUGCAGUGGACACAAAUCCCUUGUCCGUCUACGUUAUGCAUCCUUUCUGGAACUUUGUGGUGAAGUUCAUACCGACAUGGUUGGCUCCAAACCUCAUUACAUUCACGGGCUUUAUGUUCCUUGUGCUGAACUUCCUCAUGUUGGCCUUCUUCGACUUUGACUUCACUGCCUCAUCUGCAGGACAUGAACAUGUGCCUAGCUGGGUCUGGGUUGCUGCAGGGAUCUUCAACUUCUUAGCCUAUACACUCGAUGGCGUUGACGGUAAACAGGCGCGCCGCACCAACUCCUCGACGCCGCUCGGGGAGCUUUUCGACCACGGGCUGGACAGCUGGGCGUGCAUCUUCUUCGUGGCCACCGUCUACUCCAUAUUUGGGCGGGGGGAGAGCGGCGUGAGCGUGGCCACGCUCUAUUACAUACUGUGGGUGGUGCUGUUCUCCUUCAUCCUGUCCCACUGGGAGAAGUACAACACUGGAAUCUUGUUCCUGCCCUGGGGAUAUGACAUCAGUCAAGUGACAAUCUCUCUUGUUUACCUGGUCACCGCUGUGGUGGGCGUGGAAACGUGGUACCAGCCGGUUCUGUGGCGCCUCCUCUACAGAGACCUCUUCACCUUCAUGAUCAUCGCCUGCUCGUUCACUGUGACGUUACCCAUGAGUCUCUACAACGUCCUCAAGGGUUACCGGAGUAACACUCUGAAGCACAGCAGUCUGUACGAAGCGUUCCUGCCGUUCCUGUCUCCCGUCCUCCUCUUCGUGUUGGCCACCACCUGGGUGGUGUACUCUCCCUCCAACAUCGUGGAGCUGCAGCCCCGGACGUACUACCUCAUGGUUGGAACAGCUUUCGCCAACGUCACCUGUAAGCUGAUUGUGUGUCAGAUGAGCAACACGCGCUGCCAGCCGCUGAGCUGGCUGCUGCUGCCAUUGGCCGCGGUGGUGCUGGUGGCCCUGACGGGGGUCUUCCCCAGCGAGACGCUACUGCUCUAUCUGUGGACGGCCGCCGUUAUACUAGCACACAUCCACUACGGGAUAUCCGUGGUACAGCAGCUUAGCAACCACUUCAACAUCUUCGCCUUCUCCCUGAAGAAGCCCAACCUUGACUGACAGGAGGAGGAGCGAAUCGGCUUGACAGAAGCAGAGGUUUAGGCUACUCCUCUCUUCGGCUUACCAACACUUCUCUCGUCACCACGGAAACCACAUCCCCUCCCUUCUUCCACCCACGAGCAUCCGCAAGUGGAGUCGACUGUGCCCCCUUUUGUGCACGCACACACACACACACACACACACACACACACACACACACACACACACACAUUCCCAAAGCAAACUCCGGUCUGGACGACGGGGGGUGGGCUUUCAGGGGCUCUGGCUUUCGUCACUGGUGAUUGGCUGAUUUGGUUGAGCCAACGAGGUGCAAUUGUUUCCUACGGAAAUGUGCUUCCGUCGUGAGGACAGGAACCCAGACGAGCCAUGAAAGGACGAACACUCGUGUACAUUUCUACUUUUAUCUUUGUGAGGGCCCUUUUUCUGUCGCAUUCAGGAUAUAUUUAUCCCAAGUAAAAAAGCUUGACCUUUAACCAAGUCUAAUUUUAGCCUGACCCCCUAAAACAUUAAAAAAAAAAAACAAAAAAAAAAAAGUUUUAACCUUACAACAGCAUCUCUUGUUCUUGUUCUUGUUCAGGAUUUACCAAAAUGCCUCAGCACCUAAGGUCCAAAACUCGUUUAUGUCCUCACAAAGGUGGACGUACACCGUAACUGACACGUACAAUAAUAGAAACACAUGCAUUGUUCUACCUUUUAUGCAUAAUAUAUAUAUAUAUACAGUAUAUAUAAUAUAUUGUGGCAGAUAUUUUAAUACAACCUAAGCCACGGACGUGAACGCCCUCACAUAUUAUUAAGAAUGUAUAUGAUGACUUGAGGAAAUGCCAUUUCCCGUUUGAAUCGUAUGAACAGGGACGCCUCGAGUAGUGUCGUUGCAGACUUGGCCAAACCUGGGGACCUGGCCACACCCGGCCGGCACGAUUACAGCACGAUUACAGCUGCUUCCAGUGGUUAAGGGUUCAGUCAAUCUUUUUUUUUUUGUUUUUUUUCUUUCUCAAUUAUUAGAUGAUUUGCUGUUGGAAAUCUGAUUUCUAUUUAUAGCCACUCACAUAUACUGUAAGCGUUAAAGAGGUUUGCGGCAUUUUUGUUUUCAUAAUGAAAUGAAACUUUUAAAAAAAUCGACAAAAAAAACAACCUCCCGUGAAACAUUGUAUACAUUUCUUUCCAACUAUUUGUACAUUGUCCUCAGUGGUGACAUCUGUCAGGAGCAGAGUUGAUUAUUGACUAACUUGGGGUGCAAGAAUUGAUCAGGGUAACCUCUACUAACCUUUCACUUUUACCUCUGUCUGAGCACUGGCCUCCCGGUUCUCCCGACCCUCCGAAGUGUUGUGUUUUCAUGCUGAUUCGUUAUUUUUAAAUGUCUUUAUAUAUGUAUGUGUGUGUGUAUGUGUGUAUAUACAAUAUACACAUCUACACACACACAUAUAUAUGUAUAUAUCUGUUUUUGGUGUGUUUUUGUUUGCCGUCAAGGCGAUGGUGUGAGGUUAAGUUGUGCAGCGCUUGAAUGAAGAGUGCGUCCUAAAACCGUUACUGGAGCGGACUCACUCUGAGGGAACAAGCCUCCGCAGCGGACAUUGCAAGAGCUACGACACCGCUUGCCGUCUUACAGAUAUCAUCUCACCUUUUUAUAACUGUGUCACAGAACUUGUCUCGUUGCAUUUUCAUCCGUCUCAGAAAAAACCCCAUCGGUCUGAGUGAUUCGGUCGUGGUGAAAGAAGAGCGUCCCAAAAACGAGGCCAACAAUCUUGACGCCUCUCAUUUGAAACGUCGAGUUUGGUGGAGAUAUCUUUUCUCCUGCAUAACCUUGACUCGUUGCCCUCAUCCAGGGUAAAAAAAGAGGACCUCUUCUGUGUAUGUGUGAGUGCAUUUUCCCGCCUCACUUCACUUCAACAUCAGAACGUGUGCGAGUGCAGCUUGGGGGUUGAUGUUCGUCGGUUACCUGGCUGAUUCUGAUCGACCGGUCACUAAUAACUGACUUGCGGUAAAAUCUCAUGGUGCUUGAUUUAAGAGUUGCAUAGGAAACAUUAUGCAGAUGAAAUCCUCAUCUUUAUUUUACAGGUUUACAAAUCCAGAUGUUUUUGUAAAUAAGUUACAGAGAGGCAUUGAACUCAGACUGCCGGUACAAUGUUGCAGUAAUGAACAAAAAGAUCAGUGACUGCUAUCACAGCAGCUGUGCAGCCCAUUACGGUUUGCAGUGCACUCCUACUGCAAUUAUAACAUUUGUAUAUUAUAGUCUAAACUGAAGAAAUAAGGCUUUUAUUAUAAUUUCUUUCUCUCUAAACAAAGUCCCACAUGUUUGACUUUGGACACUGAAGAUUGUUGGAACGUGGAACCAACUGUGAUCCUGCAGGUGGAACUGUGAAGUGUGUUUGUGGUGGGUUUAAGCACCGUCUAGAUCUCUACAGCUCCAUGUGCACGUGUCAAUUCAAAGUUUGAGUGAAUACGCUGCAUGUCGAAUGUCUGUAAAUAUGUACUAUUCAUUUUAAUUUAAUUUUAUUUUUAAACUAUGUGUGGGAUUGUUGUCUUGUCGGCAAAUUUCUCCUGACUUGGAAAAUGUUAUUUUUGGUGCGACGCCAAUCAGCACUGUAAUAUUCUAACCCAUCUACGCUGCAGCUUUUACAUCUGUCGAUGUAGUGCUCUUUUUGUUUGUUCGUUUGUUUGUUCCUCCUUCUUAUAACUGUUGGAAUUUUGACUUUUUGCUGCUUUUCUGUCUGAUUUAAAAUGAGCUGCAGCUCUUUUCUGUGUAACCACUUGGAAAAGGAGUCCCGAGCUCCGGGUGUGAAGAGCUGCAGGUUGCAAAACAGUAAAAGAAGUGCUAAAUGCAGUGCAGGAGUUCAUGUCAGUGGUUGCCUGAGAGGAAAGAAAAGUGCCAUUCAAUGAAACGGUUUGUCGUGCAGCUGGCAGAUGAAAUCACGUGUUUUUCCGGAAAAACAAUUGUCUUUUUCUUUUUUUUUUACGUUACUUUCUGGGAUGUUUUUUUUCUUUGUGUCUUCCUUACUUUUAAGGAACAAGAGUCUUAAUCCCCCCCCUUCUCCACCUCGACUGUAACAUUGAAUUAGAUGUUGUGUAAUGCUGCUCUGGCAAACACUCCGGGGCUUUGGUGUGGCUAUAUGUGGCGUAUUUAACCAAUGAAAGAAAGGACAGUCCAGAAACAAAUAAAAGUGAAUUUUCUUAAACA